AAUAUGAGUGCUUCUAUUUGACGAAAUUAAAGAACGGGACUGAAUGGAAUUCCAUUUUAGAAUAUCGAAGAUGAUUUUCAAACACAGAUUAUAGGCCAACUCAUAAGAUUAUCUGAUUAUUAUUUCACUUCUCGGCGGCAUACUAUUUUUCUUUAAAUUGAUAUUGAGAUUUUACUCUCGUUACCGAGUGCUUUCUUUCAGCCAAGAUGCCUCAUAACACUGUUAAAAAGGCCCAGAAGGGACCUAGUCGUUCGGCGAAGCAACAAGCCCUAGACGACUUGGUGAUGGCCACAAAUAGUAGCAGUAUAGUAUCCAAGAGGAGUGUUGAACGCAUAUACUAUCCUGAUGAGCCACACUUCUUUCGUUUCUUCGUCAAGAAAUUUCAACGACGCGCUCCCCUGAUCAAUCGAGGGUAUUAUAUCCGAUUACACGUAAUUGAUGUCGCCGUGCGUCGGUUCCUUGAAAGACCUUCAGAGAAGAAGAAGGUGGUUAUAAAUCUAGGCUGUGGCAGUGAUGUGCUCCCUUGGCAAUGCAUGACAAGAUACCCGAACCAUUGUCAAAAUGUUAAAUUCGUCGACAUUGAUUUCCCCGACUUAAUAGAGAAGAAGUGUCGGGUCGUUCAAGAAACCCCAGAACUUAACUCUCUACUAACAGGGUUAAAGACUAACGUCGGAAAUCAUGUACAACUACAGAGUGACCAAUAUAUCGAGAUCGGAUGUGAUCUUCGCCGCAUCUCAGAUAUAGAGCAGGCACUCUCAGCCGUAGUCAACAUUUCUGACUGCGAGUUUAUGUUCGUAGCUGAAGUUUCCAUCACCUACAUGGAGACUGACGGCGCAGAUUCGGUUAUUCAAUGGGCUAGCACCCUCGGACAAGCUGAGUUUUGCUUGCUCGAACAAAUCAUUCCAGAUGGCGAAGAUCAUCCAUUUGCGCAGACCAUGUUGGCUCAUUUCGAGAAGUUGAAGACGCCCCUGAAAUCCGUCUUCACUUACCCAACACUCGAUUCCCAACGGGACCGUUUUGCUAGUCGGGGUUGGUCACAGGUUGACGUUAAUUCCCUCUGGCAUAUAUGGUGCAGCAACCAAUGGUUGCCGGCGGACGAGAGAAGAAAGAUCGAUGCUAUUGAGCUUGAACCUUUUGAUGAGUGGGAAGAAUUCGCACUAUUUGCUGGGCACUACUGUGUAGUCAUUGCAAAGGCCAACCCAGCGAGCAUUCCAAUAAUACCAAACAACUCGAAAAAUAUGGAGGGACUUCAAAUUCCGGUAGCACCUCUAAGUGCAGACUUCAACGAAUAUUCUAGUACUCGAGGUCAGCGCCGAUUUGGUGCCGGGAUGAGGCUUAAAAACAACCUAGGAGAGGAGUUCCUAGCUAACACUUUUGGGUCUGGGACCAAUACUCGGUUAAGGUCAUUUGAUCUCUAUGAAAGGGAAUCGCCUCUGCAAGAUAUCACAACCCAUCACACGGGCCCCAGUAGUCGCAUGUGUCAUACGGUUACAGAUUUGGGCGAUUAUAGGAGUCUACUCGUAGGUGGUAGGACUUCUCCAUCGAGCCCACUGCGGGAUUGCUGGCUUUUCGAUAAAAGAGUAAACACAUGGCAACGGACGGAUGAUCUUCCAUCGCCCAUUUAUCGACAUAGUAUAACGAGGAUCGGUAAUUCCAAUAUGGCACUUUUAAUUGGAGGCAAAUCCGGAUCGUCGACGAUUUUCGACGGCUGUCUCCUCUAUUCGCCAAGCUCUGGUUGGAUAGAGUGCGAAAUUAUAGGAUCAAAUUAUGUGCCCAUUUUUGGUGGCCUUUUAGCUAGUCUUCAUGAGACAAUCCGCUCUACGACAAAUGAUGGCGUCCAGUUUACUGGCGUACUAGCAGGAGGUAUCUCUCAAGAUGGUAUUAUUGCUAAACAGAUCCUACGAUGGGUCUUGGUGCUUCCAGAAACUGGCAAGCCCGCAAUUUCAUUCAUCCCUCUAUCAGAUAUGGAGAACCCUGGCCCUUGGAACCGAGAUGUAAAUGGCAUCAACCAUCCUGAUAGUCUGAUCAACCGUUUUGGUGCCACAGGAUUUGUUUCCCCCGAAGGGCACCUAAGUAUGAUCGGAGGAAUCAUCGCAGACGGUAUAGUUACACGAGACAUCGAUGUCAUAAAUAUAGACAUCUCUGGCUCACACUAUAAAAUUCUUUCAACUUACCGUUUAGAAGCCAGCCCUCGACCAUUGUUAAUAGGGGUCUCGACUGAGUUGACGGAUGAUAACCAAUUAGUCGUUAUGGGUGGCGGAGCUACCUGUUUCUCAAUGGGUACAUUUUGGAACCGCGGUAGUUAUACACUACAUCAUAGCCAUGCGUCUAUCGCAAGGAAUGGUCGAAUAUGGAAACAUUCGAAGAUUGUUGAACUCACGGAUGAGACAAAACGCCAAGAUGUCCCGUCUACCUUACAUAAUGGGCAAGUCGCAGUCAGGGUUGACAUACCUAGGGUUCAGAUCAGCACAGCAGCAGCAUUUUUGGCAGUGAUGAAAGCCGGAAAACCGACGGUCAUCGAAGGAGGAAACCUGGGAAGUUGUGUUCAAAAUUGGUCGUCGGAAUAUAUCGUGAAGCAACUUGGCUCCGACCGAAAGGUCGUCGUUCAUGAAGCAAAUAGCGCCAAGAUGGAUUUCAAUAGCAAGAACUUCGCCUAUGUCACGAAAUCAUUUGGGAAUACGAUGCAAGAGAUCGAAAAAGGCCACAAGUUAUACCUGCGUGCUCUUUCGGAGGACCAUCCGACUGAUCAGCCAGCCAAUAUCAAGGCAGAUUUCCCGCAAUUGGCGGGCGAUUUUCAACUGCCUGAUGCCUUGACGUUUGUGAAAGAAAAUGAAUUUAGUUCCGUUUUGCGAAUUACCGGGCCGGUUAACAUGUGGCUGCAUUACGAUGUUAUGGCGAACGUAUACUGCCAAGUAGCAGGCUUUAAAAGAUUCAUCUUAUUUCCACCUUCAGACGUUACCCGGCUAUCGUUUGCCCCGGGCUCAUCGAGUUCGAGCGUUGAUAUAUUUUCCCAGCUUGAAUCGCCAUCUCUAGCCGGAACACAUCCUCACGAGGCUGUGCUCAAACCAGGGGAUAUACUAUUCCUCCCACCACUGUGGCUUCAUACUGCUUCUCCGUUGAGUAACCUAGGAGUUGCUGUCAAUGUCUUCUUCCGAAACCUCGAAAACGGCUACUCAUCUGGGAGAGACGUUUAUGGAAAUCGAGAUCUUGCAGCCUACGAAAAGGGUCGGCUUGACAUUUCAAAGGUCGCUAACGGCUUCAAUAAGCUGCCAUUUGAUAUGAGAGAUUUCUAUAUCAAGCGAUUGGCGGAUGAACUUGCUCAGAAAGCUAUCGACUGAGAGAUUGUUCAAGGCAGCCGCUUUUACCUACUAAGAAAUAAUAAUCCAAUUUGGACACGAAUCAUAUGAGAUCUCCAGCAUAUACAUAAGACCUA